AUGGCAUCCCGAUGUUGUUCAGAUUGUAAAUCUAGUAAGAAUGUCUCUGAUAGUGAUAAUUACUUCCAAACAUGCGGAAUCUCCGUCAGUACACUGGUUAGCUCCUCUUCGACCAUUGAAAAGUCCAAUCUCAGCGAUACGGCCGCAAAAGUGAUUACUGCAUUAGCAAAACAUGCUGAUGAAAAAG